UCGCCGUGAUAAGAGCGGGGCCGAUCCCAGACCGAGCUCAUUAGCGCCCAAUCAUCCCCAGCCGGUGAACAGGGUCCGCCGGUUCCUCAUGAAAGAACUCUGCCGUUACUCGGGGUGCAAUCUGUUGACCCGGGCCGACCACCCCCGCCACAUGCGCUGACACGUCUCCAGACAUUACACACACCCCGGCGGCUCCGCGGACGGAUCACUCACUCGGCUGCCCCGCUGACACAUCGUGAGACCAUUGGAGAGAGACGCGCCGCGCACGGGGAGGGAAGAUGUUGCUGAAGGAGUACAGGAUAUGCAUGCCUCUCACAGUGGAGGAGUAUCGGGUUGGGCAGCUGUACAUGAUCAGCAAACACAGCCACGAGCAGAGCGAUCGAGGGGAAGGAGUGGAGGUUGUCCAGAACGAACCGUUUGACGACCCGGCUCACGGCCAAGGACAGUUCACGGAGAAACGGGUCUACCUCAACAGUAAAUUACCCACCUGGGCUCAAGCAGUGGUUCCCAAAAUCUUCUACGUGACAGAGAAAGCGUGGAACUACUACCCGUACACCAAAACAGAAUAUACAUGCUCAUUCUUGCCCAAGUUCUCCAUCCACAUAGAGACAAAAUAUGAGGACAACAAAGGAAGCAACGACAAUAUCUUUGACGACGAGCUGAAGGAGCAGGAGAGGGAGGUGUGCUUCGUCGACAUCGCCUACGAUGAGAUCCCCGAGCGCUACUACAAGGAGUCUGAGGACUUGCGCUAUUUCAAGUCCGAUAAGACAUCGCGGGGGAUUCUUCAGGAGGGCUGGAGAGACACCCAGGAUCCCAUCAUGUGCUCAUACAAACUGGUCACCGUCAAGUUUGAGGUGUGGGGUUUGCAGACCCGUGUGGAGCAGUUUGUACACAAGGUGGUUCGGGAUGUGUUGCUGCUGGGACACAGACAGGCAUUUGCUUGGGUGGAUGAGUGGAUUGACAUGACAAUGGAUGAGGUGAGAGAGUUUGAGCGCACCAUCCAGGAGGCCACCAACCAGAAGAUAGGGAUUUUUCCUCCGUCGAUCUCCAUCAGCGAGACGCCGCUGUCCUCCUGUUCCCUCACCGGUCCUGCCAGCGCGCCCACCACCCCGAUGUGCACGGAUGCGCCCGAGUCCCUCUCUGUCUCCAAGGACCGACCCCGCAAGAAGUCCGCCCCGGAGGCCCUCACCCUUCCUGACCCUGCCACAAGCGGCGAUCCCCAAGGCUCUGCCACGAGCCCAGUACCCAUUUCAAACCACCUCCAAUCACCCACCCCACCCGCCGCCGACAAGGAUGUUGCUGAGACGGACUAGCAGGGACCUCGGGGAUGUCCUCCCUCACCCCCCCCCCGUGCUUUACUUAUUCCCCAAGCCCCAUUGUCUCGGUAGCCCAACGAGACUAGCCUAACCUCCAAACGUUAUCUAGUCGUAUCUAAUGAUUUCACGCUCACCGUUGACCUCUACAUCGGGGGUCACUGAUGCCCUCCAGGCCGCUUGCGGGCCGCUUGCAGGCGUGGCGACCUCGCUGCGGUUGGCCGGUCGGUCCAGCCACACGUCUCGUCUUUUAACAACUACUUGUGACAUCUAAAGGAAACAAAGUGCAUCUUUAGUCAUUUUUUUUUGUUGAGCACCAUAUGAAUAAAUAGUUUUGAGUGUUUCCUUACGUUUUCUUCAAUCAGACAAGCCGAUUGCUUUCAGGUUGUUGAGCUAAGUAGUUGCCUUAGCACCACAGAGCCAGUGGUGUUCAUACGUUUUGACAAUGUUUGCGAAUGAAUGCCUGACAUUUAUUAAAUUACAAAUCAAUGACACAAACAGAAGCAGCACAGUAGAAACGAAUACGUGAGUGUAAAACACAGAUGGACGUCCAAGUACCUUCUGAACAGAAGCCCUUAGUAAACGCUUUCCUGCUGAAUAGGUCUGUGGAUCAGAUUGCGCUCAUCUUUUCAUUCCUAAACUCCAAUUAUACAACAGAUGCAAGUUCAGUACGGUCAGAGUUUACACCUCAGGUCUCCCAGACUCUAAAGGCAGGGAUAUUGCUAGAACUUUCUCUCUCUGCUUAUUGCCAAACAGCCACAUUUUAUACCUCCACGGAUGUUGCACAACAGCAACCAGUGUAUGUACUGUAGCAGUCUACUUAACCCUUGGAAUGUUUACACAUCAGAGACCUUGGAUCAUUUGCAUAACUGCAGUCAUGUUUUACUUAAAGCUGUUAUCUAUCUGCAUCUAGCAUGACAAUGGUGGUUUAUUGACUCUAAGGUAGAAUGUGAGGCGUUUUCUUGCAUGGAUCCUAUUCAAGUGGACUGAGAGGUCAGUACAACAACUCAGAAGGAAAGUGUUGACAAUUUGAUCAAAUCCAAUUAUUGUCACAGGUAGAGGAACAAGGCCAUUUGCGUAGUUUAAAAAAAUAUAUUUUCUGAUCUUUAUGCACAUGGAGAUAAUGACAACCCCAAGCAUGAUUUAAGGAGAGGAGCACAUGCAUCAAGCUGACUUGAGAAUGUGCUUUGUCAGCUGCAAAGCUUGGGCUUUUGUGGGCGUGAACCUUUAUUUGGAAAAGAGGGAAACCCUUAAACAGCAACUUGUACUUAGACCCCCCCCCCCCCCCCCCCCCGCAAUGCUAUUACUUAAUGGGUUUUAUAUGCUGCAUGGAAUGCUCACAUUAUGUGAAGUAUAUACUGUAAGUGAAUGGAUUGGUACAGUGCAUUUGGUGAGGCAACUGUGUGGAGCGGAGUGAGAACUUUGUAAGCUGUAUACUGAUUUUGUACAAUAGAAAAGGGCGUUUUCUGAGUGAAACGUUGGCAUGCCCAGAGAAUAUAGGCCUAAAACUCUUUUUAACGCAGUGCCUCAGCAUGCAAAUAUUUUAUCAUCUCCUACAAGUGAGUAAACCAAAAACGUAUUGACAGAAGAACAACAUUUCAUUGCUUUAGUUUGCCUGUUUUCUAUCUCAAAUGUUUCAUUUAACCAAUUAUUGAAAAAUAGCAUUAGCUCCAUUCAUUGGCGUAACUAGAAAAUAAUAAAAAUCAAACUAUCAGGGUUAACCUUUGCGGUUUUUGCCAUCUCUUCCAUUACAACAUUUUUUGCUCCCCGGUGCAUAAACAAGUUGCAGCUUGACAUUCAGUGGCAAUUCAUUGAUACCUUAUUUGGCAGUGAAGAAAUGUGUUGUUCAAAUCUGUUAUUCAGCAUAAUGACUUUUAAGAGGUUCCAGAAGAAAGUCGUUAAUGGUCUUGCCAUGAAAAAUGUUAAUAUGCACAGAUUCUCAAUUGCCUUAGUUAGUGGCUCCUAUAUUGAAUAAUUUAUAAAUCGUACAUCUCUGGCAUUGGCCAUCUCUCUUGUUCAGGACAGCUUGUGCAGAUAUCGAGGGGCAUGUUUGAUGGAACAUUGACUAGUAGUAAUAAUAAUGCACAUAAUAUCUAAUUAUGUAACAUUAAGCUCUGCUCUGUUUAAAAGAGUAACAUUGGGUAUUGUAAAUACUAUUAAUGACUGAUACGGUUUCCUACCCUGAAACGUUCAAGUUGCAUUGCUGAUGUGCUCAAAGAGUUCAAAUAGAGAAGGAUAGUCUUAAGUGUUGGUAAGGAUCACGUCUUCAAAGUUUGAUUAAAUGUAUGAAGUCAUCUAUUGAUAAUACUGAAUAUCACCUCAUUCAUUCAUUCUUCAUAGAGUAUCAGGAAUCCUCAGUGGUGCACUUUUAAUGGUCCAGUUGCUUUUUGGUGGCAAAAUGAUUUGUACACGUAAAACUGAAUGAAGCUUUUUUUUAUUUUUUCGGUGGCGUAGCUGCUUUCUCAUUUCUUGCAGAGGUGAUCGACCCGUUUUGUUUUGUUGUAGUAAACCUGCUGUACUUUAAAUCUGUGGUUGCUGUAUUGUUUGAAAUCAUUUCUUUAGAUUUAAGGACCAAGUUUUUUGCUCCCUCUUCCAUCCCUUUGUUGCAGAUUUUGCCUUCGUCCAGGCGGUUUUUCUGUUCCCCUGAUAACUGGGACUUGUCUGACCAACCAGUGUCAAUGAGUCUGCUCCACUGCUGUGACUGAAACCAGUAACAGCCCAGUGUGUUUCACUCGGUGUUGUAGAUCAGGUGGCGUUUUUUCUUUUGCAGCUUUCUACUUUGAUUCUAAACUGGUCCUAAAUGGGCCAUUUGUGUUCGGGAAGUCACUUCUUCCACUCUAUCUAUUGUGUUUGUUUUAUUUUUACUUCUAUUUGAGGUUGAUUUUGUUCUUUAUUGUAAUUGUUUACUUUCUCAGAAACAGAAAAAUAAACUUGACUAGCUAUUACAAAACUGUUAAUUGUUUCGU